AUGAGUGAGUUCGGAAGAGACCGCGAUAUAGAUAGAUAUCAAACAGUAGAAGUCUUAGGCCACGGCGCUUAUGGUAGAGUAUAUAAAGCCCGCGACACGGUCACUGGUGCCUAUAUCGCUUUGAAAAGGAUGACAUUAAAUUUAGAAACAGAAGGAGUGCCCACGACAUCUCUACGUGAAGUCUGCUUGCUCAGAGAACUAAACCAUCCAAAUAUCGUUGCAUUAUAUGACGUCGUUAUCACUGACUCCCCACUAAUAAACAAAUUCUUGGGGUUCAGCACAAAAUUUUUUAUGUAAAUUUUAUAUUAUUUGGGUUCCUAAAAUUCCAAAAAUGCAUUUACCCUCAAAUAAUAAGCAAAUUUAUAUAAAUAUUUCGUACUAAACCCCCACAAAUAAUCAAGAAUAUACUUAUUUCUGGGGGGGGUGAGAAAAAGCUCUUUCUGAUAUUUGAAUAUAUUGAAAAAGAUCUCAGAAAGGUCAUGGAAGAGCAGGCUCUGCAAGCUCCACAAAUUAAAAAAAUUAUGCAUCAAUUAAUGAAAGCUCUGUGUUUCUGCCACUCAAGGAGAUUUAUGCAUAGAGAUUUGAAGCCUGAAAAUAUUUUAAUUGAUACCAAUUUCAAUAUAAAAGUAGCUGAUUUUGGGCUUGCUAGGGCUUAUACGAUACCAGGGCGGCCUUAUUCAAAUGAAGUGCAGACGCUAUGAUAUAGAUCGCCUGAGCUGCUGCUGGGGUGUGAAAUUUAUUCAGUGAGUAUUGAUAUGUGGUCAGCUGGGUGCAUAUUUGCGGAACUUGUUACACAUAGGGUAUUAUUCCCAGGGACAACACCAUUUGGGGAGCUUAAUGAGAUAUUUAGAAUAAUGGGGACUCCAACGGAAUCUGUGUGGCCUGGAGUGACGACAAUGAAGAAUUUCCCUCAAAAUCAAGAAAUAUAUCCUGGGAUACCAUUUUCUCAACUAUAAUUAGCCAUGAUGAUUUAAUAAUAAUUAUUCAGAAAUUUUUUGAAAAUGAGGAGAGAUUUAAAAUAUUAAAAAUAAGGCUUAUAUAAAGCAGUAAGGUUAUAUUUAACCAACUCGAUGAAUAUGGAUUAGAUUUACUUUCUAAAAUGCUGAUCAUGAAUCCAGCAUAUUUAAAAAUAGAAAAACGAAUUUUUUGGUCUCCUGGCCGAAAAGUCUUAUUUUGCAUAUUUUAAUUAUAAGGCAUGGUUUCCCUGGUGAAAUUAUCACAGCUAUGUAAGGAAAUAGGGGUGGGUGGUUUUGCAGGGCCCCUAGGGAUACUAUUUUCCAGAAGGGUACCAUCUAACCCAGGUGAUGGAGACUGGGACCUCUAGGGUGCCUGAAAGACCAAACUCUUAGACUGGCAUCCUUAUCGUGAAUCAAAGUCAAGACAGCCACAUUUUUGCGGGCCAGAGAAAGAAUUUUGAAUGCCUAAGAGUGGUUUUGGAGGCUGCUAUCGUAGCCUAAAACCUGAUAUUAGAUUUUUAACUUAAUAAACUAAUUUAAUUUGAUUGAACAUGAAUCCAGCUCAACGAAUCUCAGCUAAGCAAGCGCUAAAUCAUCCUUAUUUUGCUGAUGUCGAAGAAAAUUAA